AUGGGAUUAGAAGACAACGCACUUGUGCGUAAAUAUGUUAACGUCGGAGAAAAGAAGGAGGGAUCCACUGGAAUGGGGAUCUUUGUCGGAUUGUUUGCUGCUUUUGGAGGUGUUUUGUAUGGUUACGACACUGGAACCAUCAGUGGAAUCUUGGGUAUGAAUUAUGUGACUGAAAGAUUUCCCCAAGAUUGGAAACAUGACAGUGGAGUUCCACAACAUACAUUUUCUUCAUCGGAAAAAUCUCUUAUUGUGUCGAUUUUAUCGGUGGGUACUUUUUUUGGAUCUUUGCUUGCUCCUAUACUUAACGAUACCCUUGGACGUCGUUAUACGUUGAUUAUUUCCUCGUUAAUUGUGUUCAAUGUGGGAGUUAUUUUACAAACUGCUGCCACAGCCAUUCCAUUAUUCUGUGCGGGUAGAGCCAUUGCUGGAUUUGGAGUGGGAUUAAUUUCUUCUUGUGUUCCACUUUACCAAUCAGAAUGUACACCCAAGUGGAUUAGAGGUGCAGUUGUGUCUCUUUAUCAAUGGGCAAUUACCAUUGGAUUGUUACUUGCAGCCUGUGUCAACCAAGGAACCAAAAACAGAAAUGAUUCUGGAUCUUAUAGAAUUCCAAUUGCAAUUCAAUUCUUGUGGUCGUUGAUUUUGGGUAUGGGAAUGAUCUUUUUGCCUGAAUCUCCUCGGUUCUAUAUCCAUGUUGGUAAAGAUGACAAAGCCAAAGAUUCGUUGAGAAGAUUGAGAAAAUUUACCAAUUGA